AUGGAGCCUGCAGACUCUUCCCAUCCAACAAGGGAAAGGUUGGCUAAUUGUAAGAAGUUUGUUAAUUAUCCCCUUAUUUUAUUACUUUGUCGUAUUAUAUUGUCCAUAAGUCAACUAUCUGUGGCUCUGUACGUAUGGAGUAUCUUUAGAACUUUAUCGCGACUUGAGUCUGGUGGCAAAUAUGAUUUGGAUCUCGCAACAGUUACAGAAUCCAAUGUUGAUGUAACAUGGGUACCUACAAUAGAAAGAGACGAUACUAAAUCAGAAUUGUAUGGAAUGAAUAAAUAUUUUAAUUUGUUUAUGAUUCGGCUAUUGCAUUAUUUCCAUGGCAAGGUAUUAGAUUUCUUGCUUUGUCCUUCAAUAAUCGUAUUUAUAUUAAUGACAAUACAGUCAAUUUCGGAUAUUAUCCAGUGGUACAAAUCCAGGUUGGGAAGAUCUCAUCUAUCAAAAUCAAACAUAAAAUUUCGAAGUAUAUUAUACUUUGGAGCAUCGGUAGCCAUAAUACUGCAGUAUAUCUUUGUUAUAUUCUAUAGUGAAAACAUUUGUCGUACGGAAAUGUUAUAUCCGUUUCUUUUUUGGAAAAAGAACGGUACACUUACUAGAAGCGAAUUAUUGGCAACAGGAAGUUGUAAGUUAGGGAAAAGGCUUAUUCUCUCCAUAAUUCUAACCUCUCUAUCCCUUGUCCCAGACACAUUUUUAUUGAUCUUGGGAGUAUUACCAACUUUUAGAACAUUUGCUAUAAUCCAUGGUUUAAAGUUUUUUGGCUCCAUAAUUAUUCUUGGAUUUAUAAUUAUAACAUUCAAUCUAAAGAAGUAUAUUAAUAUAGCACAAAACCCUAAUAUAUUGGACAACUCAGAAAAUGUGAUUAACAACGUAUCCAAAGAUGGUAUAAAAACACUUUAUAAACAACUACGGUAUAAAUACAAUUUAAGUCCCAUUAAUAACUAUAGUGAUAUGAUAAACUAUCGCGUGUCAAAAACGGUAACACGAUUAAGUUCACCUACAGGUAUAGAUGAUAAAGUUUUGAGUUUAUUUAAAUUAAGUGAAACGGAUUUUGAUGCAAAUAUGCACUUAUCAUAUUUUAUAUUCACCAGGAAUAUACACAAGCAAACACUGCAAACAAUAAAGUCGUUUAUUUAUUCGGGAUUAUAUGUUGUGGUUGUUAGUUUUGUAGAUGCAGUUGUUGGAUUACUUUUGCUAAUAAAACAACAACGGUUUCUCGUCCCUGUUCUUGGUUUCGUUAAUUUUGUGUCUUGGAUUGCUCAGAUUUUUCAUACGAUAAUGGUUCAAUUCCCUAUAUAUAAUUCAAGAUUCUUUUGUGAAAUAAAAGAAUAUACACCUACUACACGUCAUAUUUCAUUCGAAACGGUUACUAUCUGCAACUGGAUUUGCGAAAUGAUCACGCUGUUUCAAACAUAUAGGGGAGUCGCCAUUGUUUUGGCUUCUCUAUCUUUUAUAAGUAUGAUAAAUCUAGGAAUAUUGUAUAAGUGA